CAUCUGCAGACAGAGCACAUUCUAACGACAGCUCAAACAGCAAACACACAGUAAGCGCAGCUUCAACUACUACAACAACAUGAAAUUCUUUGUAAGCAGCAUACUCGCUUUGGCGCUUUUCGGCGCACUCGCCGCAGCAUACCCGCAAUCGUUGGGUGGCUCGUUGAGCAGCAAUCCGAACGGCGGUGCCGAUGCAAGACUGGAAUUGGCGAAGGGCAUUGGCACGCCGGACCACAAUGUGAUUGGCAAAGUCUUUGCGGCGGGCAAUACGAAUGGCGGACCCGUGGCCACUGGUGGCGCCUUGGCUUACAACAAUCAUGGUUUGGGCGCUGCCAUCUCGAAGACGCACAUUCCCGGCGUACGCGACACCUUCAGCCAGAGCGUCAAUGCGAACCUCUUCAAUAAUGGCGUGCACAGCGUGGAUGCCAACGCCUUUGCUUCGCAGAAUAAAUUGGCGAAUGGUUUCAAGUUCGAACGCAACGGUGCCGGUUU